GGUUCCAACAGUGCGGUUCGUGUCGUGCUACACACACACACUUACUUACACACACCAUUUUUUCUCUUGUCUGUCGUGUUUCACUCUCUUACUGUGUGUAUCAUCUCUCUGUAUGUAAUAUUUUUUCUGGAUUCGGUUAUUUAUUGUAUCUACCCAGUAUGAACUUUCGGAAUCGAUUUCCCUAACUAUACUGUUGCUUGCUGCAAGUUGUUCCUCGUGUUGUUGCUGUCAUCUUUCUCCUUUACAAACGUUUAUUAACUUGUAACCGGGAAAAAAAACAACGGAACGGAAAAUAGUUACGUAUAGUGCAACUGUAAGCGGUUUGUUGUGUGUAAACAUACUAGUCGAAUCAUCGGUUACAAAAAAAACGGAAUCUGCAGCCUGUCAAAUCUUAUCCAUCUCUAGUCGUGUUUAGUUCCGAUACCGCCCUUUUAACUACCAAAUUAUAAGUUUUCAUUCGCGAAAGUGUCGCAAUUUUGUCGCGUGUGAUUUUGUUGAAACCGAAAAAAAAGGAUUGUGCAACUUUGGAUUACGCCUCAACGCAUGAAUUCCAGAAGGAUCCUCGCCUAGAAGUUCAGUUUCCGGUUCGAUGUUCAUCAACUACGAGACAGAAGUGACGGAACCCGGAUCCGGGAUCCGGGUCAUGCAGCAAAUGUGGUACCGUGGCUAAAGUCAUCAUAGUGUAAACUCUCUGUCAACUCUCGUGGUCCAACCAAUGUUUCCAUUUCCGGUGUUUUUUCGGUUCCAUUUCCGGGAUGAGUGAAUGUAUGUGCAAAUGCUACCCCAAAUGAUAUACCUACCUAUAUAUGGAUCUGUCUCAGUUCAGCGUUCAGUUUUUGGGGACCACGAGAAGAAGCUUUUGCUGGUAUCUUAACGACUGCAACUUUUACUCGUAACAACUAUUCUAUACUGUACUGUGCGUGUGCUACUCUCUCAAACUCUUGGAUACUGUACGUGUGCAUCGCUAAAACUGGAAGGAGGAUUGUGCUGCAAAACGAUGGAUUGCCCCCAUUGAAGAUUUCCCCCCUCGAAAGUCCCAGCUCUGGUACAAGUUCAGAAACGACCGGCCUCGACAUCUCCCAGCGGGAGUUUACAGAGAAGAAUAGGAAAAAAAAGUGCAAAGUUUUUUGGUAUCUGUGUCACGUUCGGAUAUAAAAUUUAUUCCAUCCAAAAAACCGGCGUACAUCGGGUCAAGAAUCUCUCGCCGUCCCAAAAAGAGCACAAAACCUCCCCCCGAAAAGCGAGAAAAACUAUCGAUUUUCACUUCCGCGGCCAGCUCAAACCCUCCAGGGCAACUUUCUCAAAGCAAAAUCCUACCCUUUUCCUACCCCACAAAACUCCCUCGAAGCAGAAAACAAAAUAAAAUAGUCAGUGUCUGUGCUUUGCCAAGAGAAGAAAAACGUUACUUUUCGGUCAACAUGCAUUGACCUGCCUCGGUUCCGUUACCCUUAAACUAAAAAAAAAUCUAACAAGAAAAAACCCAAAACACACACACGAAACAACCAAAGUACCUGACCUCUAACUCCUAACAACUCGAAACAAAAUAACCCGCUAAACAAAAUGCCCCGGUGUCUGAUGGCCAAAAAGUGGAAGGCCUAUCCGUGGCCGGAUCGUGCCGAGGAACUCCAAAGUCCACCCCCGCGGAGUUCCUCCAGCAGCAACAGUGGAUCCUCAUCUCCGGGACUAGAUCAUCAACACCACCCGAUCACACAUCCCCAGGUGAUCGUGGAAGUUGUUGAGGAAGAUGAAGAAAUCGACGUCGUAGGUGAUAACACCGGCACCACAAGUGGUUCCGGUUCCGGCAGUAACGGAGGUGCUCCAGUGGCUGCAGCAGCCACCUGUUGGGGACCGUCCUCGCCGACUGCCGGUGCUACAGCACCCAGUCCGCCGCCACAUUCGCCGGAAGCGGCCACUCGGGACAAUAACGCCACAACCGGAACGACGACGCUUCCAGCGUCUUCGACGAUUCUUUAUAAUGGCUACACCCGGGACAUCUCGCACCACUUCACCGCCUAUCUUCCGAAGCUGGAACACGAUGCCUAUCAGCAAACGACGCCAACAAAUCCGACGACUCACUACGCCCUUCCGCCAACGCCGACGUCACCUCCAAGAUCACCGCACAGCGAAGAUAACCAUCGGCACAGUCCUUCCUCCCUAGAUGGCAGCAGUAGUAGUCCAACGUCGGUGGCAGCAGCUGCCGCCGCAAAACAGCGACUUCUCUUCACCAGCAGUUCCGGAACGGCUUUAUCGUUGCCACCCAAGAAGAAGGACAUCUACCGACCCUAUUCGCUGGACGACAGGCCCCGGAACUAUGAAAUUCGGAUACCGGCCGAAGAAGACCUUCACGCGGCUCACGCCAUCUUGGAUCUUAGUGCUUCGACGGCGUUUCUUCCUCCGCCGGCACCGCAUCAGUUGUUGCAGCAACAGCAGCUUCAUCAUCACCAUCAGUUGAUGGUUCAGGAUGACCAGCGAGGUCCUCAGAUGGUCCCGAGUUCCUUGGGAUCUCCAGAACAGAACGAGAACUUGAACAGCACAAACACCCUGGAGGACUCGAAGUCCUGCAAAACGGUGGCUUAUACCUAUGAGGCAUUUUUCGUUAGCGAUGGACGGUCGAAGAAGAAGAUCGCGGAUCCGAAGACGGUCCUGGAGACCAAGGCCAAGUAUACCUGUACCGAGUGUGGGAAGCAGUACGCUACCUCGAGUAAUCUUUCGAGGCAUAAGCAGACGCAUCGGAGUUUGGACUCGCAGUCGGCGAAGAAGUGUCACACCUGUGGGAAGGCUUACGUAUCAAUGCCGGCCUUAGCUAUGCACCUGUUGACGCACAAGUUGUCGCACAGCUGCGGAGUUUGCGGGAAGCUGUUUUCGAGGCCUUGGCUGUUGCAGGGUCAUCUGAGGUCCCACACUGGGGAGAAACCUUAUGGAUGUGCCCAUUGUGGAAAGGCCUUCGCCGAUCGAUCUAACCUGAGGGCGCACAUGCAGACCCAUUCGGUGGACAAGAACUACCAGUGCCAGCGGUGUCACAAGACGUUCGCACUGAAAUCGUACCUCAACAAGCAUCUGGAGUCGGCCUGCUUCAAGGAUGAUUCCUGUAUGAGUCCGGUGAUGGGUAUGCGAGGGUCAAUGGACGGAAUGGACGAUGAUGAACUGUCGAAUCCGGGGCCGCUAAUGGGGGAAAAGUUUGGAGAUCGGAUGGUCAUGGUGAAGAAGGAGGCCUCCGAUGAAGCACUAAAUCAAAACUUCGCGACCCUGGCGGCGGCUGCUGCGGCAAGUGGUGCUGGAACCGGAAAUAUUUUGGUGAUGAAAAAUGUGGCCGGAAGUCUAAACGGGUUGGUGACUAGCGGCGGUUCUCCGGCGGCGGCAAUCUUGACGACGGCGGCUAACCAUCCAACGGCGGCUGUUUUAGGCACGGUGAACGGAGCGACGGCCAUCCUGACGACCUCGAGUAGCGGCCAUCCGACGACGGCCGUCCACAUCAAUGUCAACUUCAGCGGGUAACCGAUGGUGGACGCGGCCAAUCACCAACACCACCAAUUGGCCGCCGCCAAGGCUUAUCGAAUUAUUUUAAACUAAACCUUGGUUGACGCCCCUGUACAGAGACCGGCUUCACCCUUUUCAACGAUUCCCAGCUGUGCAAUUGCUUCAAGGUAGUAGUUUUCGAGAUUUAUCUUUAAAGCAUUUCUGAGGUCAGUUGAGGGCUACCCUCGAUAACCCCUAAUAGGAAACAGCUGUAAGUAGCAUUCCGUUUUCCACUUAAAGGAAACGCCACCUAGAGUCCUUUCCUCAUUUUUCAAAGCGUUACUUGAUUCCUACUUCUCCUUAAAAAACUAUUCUAGCCGAACCCUAAAGCCCUUUAAAAUGGGCCCAGCAUUAAACCUAGAACUAUACACUCUUUAAAAAAAUUAUUGCAAAGGCAAGUAUUUACACGAAAAACUGCAAUUAUACAAUUUUACCCAAAGGUCAAAACUAAGUCAAAGCAUUACGCAAGCAAACAAAAGAGCAAUUCCCCAUUUCAAUUAGAACAUCAUUUAGUGCGAUUUUUAUCGAUGCAAUUAGUGAGCCCGUGAACCCGAUUUUCGAACGGAAGGGAACGUCCAAAACUUCGUCGUUGAGGCCGGUGGAUGGCUUCCGCUUCCUGUUUUUUCCGCCUCACUUCCACCGACCCUCAACCAUCAAGACGUUCCCAGAGAUCAAUUAUAUCUAACUACUCACACCAUAUGCCUACCUUUCUUAUAGACUCAAACAAAAAAGUCACACUCAAUCAUUCACUCACUCACUCACCUUAAACCACACGCAUACAUAUUUAAAAAAAAAAACUAUGUAUUAACCUCAAUUAGAAUUCCUCCUUAGAAGUUACAGUCAGUGACAAAACAACAACAAAAAAAAAGCGAAAAAAAACGGAAAUGUAUCGAAAAAAAAAAAGAAAUCAAAUUCCAAAGUACCAGAAAAAAAAACCAAAAAACCAAUUUCCUAGUUUUAAGGUUAUGUUCCGUUUGUUGAAAACCAAGGAAAACAAGUAGUUUUAAUUACGUUCUGUAGAAAAGUAUGAAGCAAUGUAAAACCCACGUCACCUCCAAAUGGAAAGCAGGAAACAGGAAACGCGCUUAUCACACCCCGAGAAUCGACCCUGCCUGUUCCUUUUUUUUUAACGGCGACAACUUUCAAAAAGGUUAUCUCACUCCUUGUCUGAAAAAAAGCAACAACAAAACUACUGGGGACAAGAAAGAAGUAAAACAACUGUCAAACUCAUAAUUUGGGUCCCCACCCUUCAGCCAAAACCGAUAUCUCGGGGGUUCUCGUCGUUAUCGGGGCAAAAGUCACCCUUCAUUCACACACAAAUAAAAUGAAGCAAUAAAUACAUACCGUGGGGUCUGCUCCCAUGUUUCUUUUUUUAUUUCGGUGCCUCGUUUGGAAAAAUGAUUGCUGGAAAACUGUUUUUCAGCCAUCCGCCCACCAUUUUUUUAUUCUCAAAAGGAAACUGGCGGUGGAGAACCUUGCUGAUAGCAGCAGUUCCAUGUUCGGGACCGAAACCCAAACCCUGAUCGAAGUCACGCCACUUGUGUGACUUUUAAACGGUGUGACCCUACUGCUGCCUGCUAUCCGGUGACAGCCAGUCAUUUCUGAUUAUGUUGUACGAACCGAUUGGAGCUGGAGCAGCGUUCUUGUUGACACAUUUGUAGAGGAAGGUUCCACUUUGCCCCGAAAGUAAUGAGUGACGUGAAAGAAGUUUUCCGAGGCAUGUUGAAAAGUUUUAGUUUUGGGAAAAAAGAUUGUUUAAGAAAAUUGUGGAGCAAAUUAACAUUAUUAAAAUCAGUGGGUACCUUUUGGCGUACAGUAAUACAGUAACCUUUCAAGAACCCAUUAAAUUCUCCGAGAUCAUUCGUUCUAUAUGUUUAAUUCUUGUUGUCUACUUGUCAAAACCCAAGCAACUUAUUUUUUUUCCCUACGAAUACCGUUUGACACUUAAAAAGAUCCAACUAGUUUUCAGCGGGUGAUAGCUUAUUCUUUCGGGUGUCGAUUAAUUUUUUCCCGCCCUAUGAUUUCGUGAAAGAACUGGCUCAUUUUCUGAAGAUAUUCUUUUUGUUUAUUACCGAAAAUGACUGACUGAGUUCUGUUUAAGUGGAUUCCCCUACUUAUUACUUCUUUCCGUGAAAUAAUGUUAUGAGUUCCAUUUGGAGCGAAAAAUGAUCCAAACAUAUUUCAGAGAAUUAUGUCUCAUUAGAGAUUUUUUUUUAAAUUUAUACCCUGUCCUAUUAUCGAACCAAGAAAUACAAACUGAAACACUAUUCAGUAAAUUUUGGAUCUUCAUAUAAACCGAAGCAAAUUUUCGAAGUGAAAAAAAAGAAUUGGCAAAACAUUAUAAUCCAUUUUGGCACGAAAAAUAUGUCAGACACUUUCCAGCUAAUGAUGGCGAACCCUUCAAAUGUUGAAAUAUGUUUUUUAUUUUCUUCCAAUCCUAGAGGAGAUUCUAAAAAUGAUCAUACCGACUCAAAUUUCAGAAAUCAUGUGAUACCACAAACAAUUCUACCAAAUUUAAGUCCAAACAUUCCGUUAAUUUAAAAAAUUUCAAUAAAACAAUACAAGUGCCGUUUGGUACGAAAAAUGAUCCAAACAAUUUUCAGCGAGUGAUGGCACACUCUUUAAUUUUGAAAUAUUUUAAUAUUUCCAUACAAGCCUAGAAAGCAUUUUAAAAAUUAUCACACACACUCAAAACAAGGAAAUCAUGAAACACAACAAACGAGUUGAUUGAAUUUAUGACCAAACAUUGAAUUUUAAAUUAAUUUUAAAAUUUUUAGUAAAACCAAUGCGAAUGUCUUUUGGUACGAAAAAUGAUCCAGACUAUGUUUAGCGAGUGAUGGCUUGUUUUAUCGAAUGAUCAAACUUUUAUUUCCAUAUUCUGAUAUAGAGUGAAGGAGCUCAAUAUCUUCCCGGUAAAAAGAAAUCCUACAGAGGAUUCCACCAAAUAAUGGACGAGGAAAUCGAAUGUUCUCUUUUUGAAAAACUUUAAUGAAACCUGCGAAUUUCGAUUGGCACGAAAAAUGAUUCAAAUAUUGUUCAGCGAAUGAUGAUUAAUUUGCUCACAUCUCAUUUAGUUUCUCUCCUAUUUUGGGUAACCGAUGAAUUGUUUUUUCGAUCAAUUUCCGACUUGUAGUUUUCCAAAAAAUGUGAGAUAACCUUAGAAAAGGUCCCGUUUAUAAAAAUACUCCAAAUUAGAGAAAACCUGUCGUUUGAAAAAAUUUCAGUUUUUUUCAGAAAAAAGAAGGAAAAUGUUCAACCUAAUUGUAAUUUCGAUAAAGAAUUCUUGGAAAAUCAGGUAUCUUUAGUAACAUUCCUCAGUAGAUUCCAAACAAAAAAACCAGUAAACUUUUCACUAGCACCUAAGGCUCACGUGUUCCUUCUUUUGAAGAGGGAAAAAGCAUUGUCACUUGAAGCAGUUUUUGAAGGAAAAGAAAAAACGUUACAGUGGUAAAACAAAAAGCAUUGAAUGAUUGAGGUAGAAAAUGGCAAAAGACCGCAUGUUAGUGAAAAGAUAAUAACAUUAGCGUUAGAGAUAUGAAUAUAUUAAAAAACUAAUCAAUCAAACGAAAAUAUCUAGUCUUCACCUAGUCUGUUUCAAGUGUGGCAAGAGAAAAGAUAGAUUUUUGAUAAAAUUUCACAAUUUGUAUCAAAAAUGUGAAAAUUUAACCUGAAAUUUAUCUUUGAAUGUCACUGAUCUUGGAAAAAAACUUUCCAACUUUGUCUAGUCUGUGAACUGUCGAAUUCUAACAUUUUCAUUUUUCCACAAGCUUUUAUUUCCCUGUCACUUUUUUACGUUCAUUCUAAAGAAAAUCUUUCGAAGGAUUGUGAAUUUAAAAGAAAAAAAACUGGCAACACAUCGAAUUUAUUAGGGAUAUGCAUUUCAACUUAGUUUAAACAAUUUUUACUCAAAAAGUAAAACAACCAUACGGCAACGAAAAAAGAAGACCAUGAUUUGUUUGAAAUCAACGAAUGAGACAGUUCCCUUUUUGGAGCAAAAGCAAAGGAAAAUUAUGGUCUUACUAUUUUGAAAACAAAAAAAAACAUUUAAUUAAGAUAAAGAACUCAAAUCAAGCAACGAAAGUUCUGAACGAAAAGCAACGUUUCUGAAACAACGAAUUAGGGUAUAAGCAAAAGCAACGAAAAAAAGCAAUUGUAAACGAAUUAAGUUUUUCCUCAAGUUGAAUAUCUUCAAAUCGAGUUAAAGUCCUAAGAAAAAAAAGCUCGAACCUUCUUUCUGUAAAUAGUGUUCUCUAAAUUUCAGCAACUCUUCGGUAUUCCACGUGAGCGUUUUCUCUCGUUUUUGUGAGGUUUUCUUGAGCCAAGUAAAGAAAGGAAAACAAAACAGUUAAAUUAAUUUUAGGAUAUUUCAGUUAAAAAACUAAUCCCCCGGAAGUUCUUCGACUUUUUAAAGAGUUCACUGAAAAAAAAAACAACAACUUAAAAAUUGUUUAAGAAGAAAUAAGGGGGACGCUGCAAAAUAAUGAAGCGCUUUUUUAGAUGUUGAUUAAGUAAUCCUCCCAAGUAUGAUGGUUCCAAAGCUGCAAAUAGUAGUACGUAAGGUGGUUCUAGCAAAAAAAAAAAAAAGCGACAAAAAACAAGAAGAGAUUCUAGAUCUCGUAGCCUUAGAUUUUAUAACCGGAAGACAUGAAUGAGAGAAGUAAAAGAUAGAAGAAGAAAAAAACUCAAAGCCCCUCAGAUUGUAAAUAGCUGUCACUCAUUCGUUCGGUUUAGUUUUUUUGCGUUGAUAAUUUUGGAGAGAAUUAAUACCUCCAAUCAAUCAUCUAAGAGUGGUCUAACCCUUGCCGGUUCGCUCGAGGAAAUUUCGAUAAUGAGCCACCCUUCUUAGUGAAGGAAAGAGACACCCGAUGACUGACAGGUGUCAAAGUUGCGAGGAAAAUUGAUAAUCAGCUAUGGUUUUCUUGAAAAUCUUCGAGUUUGAACCCGGUUUAAAGGGUUUUUAUUUGUUUUGUGAAACCUAGAACAUAGAUUAAGGUUUUCUUCCUAUCUUUUUGUCGAAUUUAAUUUUAAAACUUAACUUUUUUCCUCUUAAAGCAAUCGGACUAGAUUACGAGCUGAUGGUGGAGGAUGUGGGAAAAUACGUGCAAUAGGAUUUGAAAUUCUUCGGGGUUUUGGAGGCUUGAAGAUGGAUUCUUAAAAAAAACAUCUUUCAGUUCAACCGACCCCAAGAAAAAAAAGUUUGAACCAGUGUGAUGGAUGUGGAUUUGCAGUGUUGUGUAGAGGUAAAAGAUUGAAGAGGAAGAAAACAAAAUAAGCAAAGAGAAAGACAGUACCUUGAUUGAGUCGAUGAAGUGAUUAGUUGAAGAGAGAGAAAGCGAGAGUUUGAAGAGUUUGUAAAUCUAGUAGCAGCAGGUCUAAGUAUUGUAAAGUCAAUUUCGUUUCUUCGGAUUCGGGAGAUCCCUACUGCAUCUUGUGGUUAGCUUUUCGAGGAUUUGAACUCUAAAAUCAGUCCUCGAGGAAAACCGCAGGUGUUUGUCAAUUCUAAUUUUAAAACGUAACGUAUCCUAUCUUACGCAAAUGGCAAGAUCAAUUAGUUAUCCAUCCAUCCAAAAAAAAAACAAACGAAAAAUCGAACACAAAACAGAGAGCUUUAGUCCAUGGUUAAGCGGUAGGCAACUCUAAACUCUAAACUUUAACCUCAACCGAGUCACAAGCGGACACAUUUGUAUCUUCGUACAUUAUAUUAUAUUGUAUUAAAUUAUAAACACAAUUAUUCUAACAAACCAAUCACUAUAACCUUCGGUAAGUCCCCCUGUUAAUUAUUACCCAAACUUUCUCAGCAGUAGAGUUAACUCAAAAGGAAGCAGCCGGGCUGGAGCUGGUGGCUUCUUGGAGAUGGUUUUGGAAUAACUGAAAUCGUAUGGCAGCUUCGCGAAGUUGAAGAUAAAAAAAAAUGCAUAAGAAGUACUUUAAAGGAAAAUUCAUGCAAGUUGAACUGUCUAAUGUUUUUAAGUGUAUAUUAGAUUUCCUUGAAUUUGUUUGAUCUUUAUAAAUGUUCAUUUUACCAAAACCGCUUUUUCGAGGUUUUAAAAAUGACGUUUGGCACAAAGAAUGCACCAUCCAAUUUUCAACGAGUGAUGAAUGUCAGGAUUGCCAAUUUUAUGUAAAUUUAACCCGUUGCUUUGUAAUUUUGUGGCAUAUUUUGCUCAAAAUAUCAACUUAUAUUUCAUUUUUUGGAUCAAAUACUCUUUUUGGACUAAAAUUUUUGAAAUCUAGGAAUGGAAGUUCAACAAAUCGAAUUCAUGCGGAUACCUUUUGGCACAAGAAUGGAUCCAUCCACGUUUCAACGAGUUUUGAAUAGCAGAAUCACCAAAGUAACAAUAAGAAAUGACAAUUGCGUCGUUCAUCACAAAAAUGACGCUUUUAAGUAUAAACCGCGUCAAAGUAUGCUUUUUUUCAGAGCAAUUGAAACGAUAAGGUUAAUGAAAGUAACAUUCUGGACCGAUAGAAAUGGUGCAAAUGUCGUUUGGUUUUAAAAAUGAUCCAAACUUUUAUCAACGAGUGAUGGAUGUCAGGAUCGCCAAUGCAAUGUGGAUUCGAUCUCGUGGCAUAUUUUGUCAACUUAGAUAACAUUUUUUGGAUCAAAUACUCUUUUCGGACAAAAAAUGCUGAAAUCUAGGAAUGGAGGUUCGCCAAAUCGAAUUCAUGCGGAUACCUUUUGGCACAAUAAUGGAUCCAUCCAUGUUUCAACGAGUUAUGAAAAGCAGGAUUGCCAAAAUAGCCAUAAGAAACGACAAUCACGUCGUUCAUCACCAAAAUUACGCUUUCAAGUAUAAACUGCGUUAAAUUAUGCUUUUUUCAGAGCAUUUGAAAUGAUAAGGCUAACAAAAGUAACAUUUUAGGCCGAUCGAAAGAAAGCGUAUGUCGUUUGGCUUAAAAAGUGAUCCAAACAUUUUCCAAGGAGUGAUUUGACUGCAUACGUUUUUACUAUUUUCUUUUAAUCAGUUAUCAAUUAUAUUUGAACUCGCAUCAUCAUUUUGAAAAUUUCUCAAAAAGUGAUUUUCAAGAGUAAGCCACAUAUGUAUUCCACUGUUUCAAAACCAUCGAAAGAAGAUCUUCUCCACGCUAAGCUUCAGCUGGCCUUCCAACCUCCCUUUCAUUCAACCGAUCCCUGAUGCGGUGAGUAAAAAAAACAAAAAUUGGCUUAAAACCGAUUAAAAAGGAGUGUGUUCUAGUCAAAGACAUAUUGUAUAUUUAACUAAGGAAAACGAAAACUAAAUCAAAUUAUAGAAGAAACCCAUGCAAUUCCAUCGAGAAGCAAUUUUUCUAGCGUUAAGCAGCAACUCUGAACAUACACACACACACAGUCACUAAACGAAAAGGCUUUGAAUUGAUCUCAUCCUAGUUGAUAAGUAAAAGUUGAGCCGCCCUUUGAAUAAAAUGUUUAUAUAAAAAAAAGAUAAACUAUCUCCAUCUCUCUUGCUCUCAGGAUCGUUAGGGUUCUAAAUCAGUCAGUGAGAAACACUAGCAACAUGUACAUAUAGAAGAAUGGUUUUCAAAAACCAAACCCAGAGGGAGCGGACCCAUACAGUAGAGAAAAACCAAAAAGUAAUAAUAAUGUAGAGGCAAACUUAGCCGAACUAAGCAUUUAGCAAAACGGCAAAAAUCUGCUCUUGAGGGUAGGAAAGCUACAAUAAUUAAAACUAUGAGAAACAUUAUAAGCUAAGAGAGGUGAAAUGAAAAAAAAAAACACAAGUAGAACUAGAAACUCUAGCUGAUAGUGGAUUUUAUACUCCCCUCGAUUUAGAAGAAUCCAACCAAAACAAACUGACAAACUUUAAAGAAAAAGUUUCAACAAAAAAGUUUGGAUGAUUUAAACUUAUAAAACAAAUUGGUGCGUGAGUGGAAGUUCUGCCAAAAUUUAAAAAAACAAGAACAGCUUCAAAAGUACGUUCCUUGGCAGAAGAUUUUCGAUUUUUUGUCCCCCACAAAUACCUACAUACACUUACUCUAGCUUAAGUAGACACGUUUUACAAACUAUUUAUUUAUUUAUUAAUUUAUUCAAUCACAACUUCUUCCCUAAGGAGGAAACCAAAAGAAAGCAGAAGAAGCUAAGUCAAAAACAACUUAACCGUAGGCCAGUACUGAUGCAUAUAUUCUCCCGUUCUUUGGGAACGGUUUUACUUAACGACUUAUAUGAAACGGAAAGCAACAGAUCAAAGCUUGAACAAACGGACACUGAAAAAAAAUACACGAAAAAAACACACACGGACACAGACAAAUAGAGAAAGAGCAAUUGUACAUAAGCAAUAUAGUAUAGAUUAUAUUGAAGCAGGAGUGGAUCAGCAGAAAAGUGAAGUUUUAAACCAGUAAACUGAAGAGCAAAAAUUAUUACUUUUAGCAAGCAACCAAUACUCAAACGAAGAAAUAAAAACAAGCAAAACUUUGCAGUAGUGAGCAAUAUUAUAUUCUAUAUAUAUAUUUAAAGAGAAAAUUCAGAAGCAAAACAAACGAAAAAAACACUAACCCCCAAAAGAAAAAGACAAAAAAAAAACGAACAAACCGACAACACUGAAAGGUAAUAUUUUUAUAGCAUCCAACGGUGAACCAGACAACUAGUCACAACAAUAACGAAAAAAAAGAAGUGAACAGAAGCAUAAAAAAACAACCUUUGGCACAGUUUGAGACUCAAUGAAACAGAUGUAAACAAAACAAGACAACAAAAAAGGCAAAAGAUCGCGCAAAGCCUUAGUCCAGGCAAAGCAAACAACUUGAAGGCGCAAGACAACAGUACUUAUUCGAUUCGAUUGAAUGAUAUUAUACAAUAACGAGAAACAAAAAUAACAACAAAAAAACAACUAUUUAAGAUAAUUGAAGGAAGCAAAAAAAAAACGAAAGAAAAAAAAUCUUGGACAAAUAUGCAAAACAUCCAGAAGACAAAAAAAACUAUUAUUAUUAUUAUUAUUAUGAUUAUUAUUAUUAUAAAAUAAUUAUUAUGAUUAUUAUUGAUAAUGCAAGAAAAAGAAUGAAAUAUAGAAAAAAAAACAUUUGAAAAGUUUAUGAAGCAAAACCGA